UCUUCACUCUCUUUUCGCCGGCAAAACCCUUCGUUCUGCAUCUGAUUUUCCUCCGGCACCUUCGAAUUCCGGCAGCUCUCCACCAUCACCGGUAAGUAAGUAAGGAUAGUUUGCCUCCUGUCUGCAUCCGAUUUCCAUCCGUCUGUGCAUCUCCGUCGUCGUUCGACCUCCAAGGUCACACACGAACUCUAAUCUUCGAUUUCCAGCAGCUCUCCACCAUUACCGGCUAGAUAUGUUCUUCAGCUCUCACUUCAUCGUCUCUUCCAACUUAAUUCAAAUUUCCAGAGUUAAGUUGUGGUUCAGAUUCAAUUCCUCUGUUUCAAGCCUCAAAGUUACAUGGCGGAAGGACGUUAAGCUAGAUCAAGCCAUUCAGAAUGACAAGAAAUGGCGCCUUUGCGCUAAAGUUGUCAAAGAAGUCCUCAACGAACCAGGUCAAACCAUACCAUUACAUUACCUGGAUAAACGCCGUGAGAGAAUGUGUCUCAACAUUCGAAUCCAAACAUUCCUAGAUUCUUAUCCUGGUCUUUUCGAUACCUACCUCAACAGAAUCAGACCGAAAUCAGAGCCUGUUCCAUUCCUACGCCCGAGCGAGAAACUCCUUCAUUUUCUAGAGGAAGAGAAGAGAAUUAACCUCGAAAAUGAACCUCUAAUAGUUGAAAAACUCUGCAAACUCUUGUUGAUGUCCAAGAAUAAGGUCAUUAGUGCUGAUAAAUUAGUCCAUGUGAAGAGAGAAUUCGGUUUUCCAAAUGAUUUCAUGGUAAAUCUAGUUCCAAAGUAUCCAAACUACAUCCGGCUAGUUGGAAGUCCAGGAGAAGGGAAAUCGUUUUUGGAACUAGUAUCGUGGGAACCUGAAUUCGCGAAAUCUGUAAUAGAGAAACGAGCUGAUGAGGAAUCGAGAUCGAUAGGCAUCAAAGUGAGACCUUCUUUCGAUGUUAAGCUUCCGCAAGGAUUCUUUCUCAAGAAAGAGAUGAGAGAAUGGACACGAGAUUGGAUGGAGCUUCCAUAUAUAUCGCCAUACGAGGAUAUUUCGAGUUUAGAACAAUCAUCUCCGGAAAUGGAGAAGAGAAUGGUCGGUGUUUUCCACGAGUUGCUCUCAAUGUCUCUUUACAAGAGAGUUCCUGUCCCUAUUCUUGGAAAAUUUUCCGUAGAUUUUAGGUUUUCAAAUGCGUUUUCUAGUGUUUUUACUCGUCAUUCUGGGAUAUUUUAUUUGUCUUUGAAAGGUGGGAUUGAGACUGCAAUGCUGAGGGAGGCGUAUAAUGGCGAUGAAUUGGUUGAUAAGGACGAUCCGUUUCUUCGAAUAAAGGAUAAAUUUGUUGAGUUAUUGGCGGUUGGACAAAGGGAAAGAGAUGAACGAUUGAAAUUGGAAAAGGAGAUUGUAAGGGAAGAUAUUGAAUCAAUGGCUAUGAUGAACAAAAGUGAAUUUCAUCGUGGUGAUGUUAAAGAUCUAGACGAGUAAUUGCAUUUUUGUAUUAAUGAAGAUAGUGUAGAGGUUCAUCUCAGACUGCUUAUGAACUAUU